AUUCGUUCGCUACCUAUAUUAUAAACAACCAUCAAAAUUUAUUUGUAAAAUUUAUUUGUAAAUUAUAAAAAAAACAAUGAGUGUCUACAAUUUGUUUGAAGGGGAACGGAAGGAGCCAUCGUUUAACGGUACAAUACCUGCUCCAUGGAAGGCUAAGUCGCCAGCGCCAUCGCCCAGGUCUUCAUCACCACACAGCAAUAGCAGAAUCGGAGAAGCAAUAUUCAAUGACUACAUAGACCUAGUAAAUUCAAAGUCAAAUAUUUCUACGGACGCGAAACAAAGCGAACCUUUGGACAGACCGUUCGAUUUUUUCGACGAUGAAGAAUUCGCUUUCGGGAUCAAUUUGUUGAACAAUAAUGUCGCAUGUGUCGGUGAUAACAUUACGAAACUCAUACAAAUGGCACAGGAGCCAUGGCCGAAUGAUGUGAAACUCUUCCAGCCAUAUGAAGUGGAACAGAUCCUGCUCCCGGACAAUGCUAGCUGUCUCGCAGUGCAGGCCUUCUUGAAGAUGUGCAAUCUCUCAUUCGAAGUAGAAAUGAGAUGGAACGCUGAAUUUAUGUCUCCAUCAGGCCGAGUGCCUUUCAUCAAAUGUGGGGCAUUUGUCGUGUCGGAGUUGGAGCCCAUUGUACAGUUUGCUGCGAACAAGGGUGUCUCUCUAUGCGGUAGACUGUCCACGGAGGAGAAGGCUGAGAUGCGCGCGUAUAUGAGCUUGAUCACAAAUGUUCUAGUCAAUGCAGAGCUGUACAUAUCGUGGUUGGACGAGGACACAUUCAACGCGGUGACUCGCGUCCGCAACUCGUCGGUGUACCCGUGGCCGCUGGGCUGGCUGCAGACGCGCGGCAAGCGCGGCGCCGUCGCCAAGCGGCUGAAGGCGCUGCACUGGCACGACAAGACCCUGGACCAGGUGUUGGCUGACGUAGAACAAUGCUGCAACUCAUUGAGCCAAAGACUCGGAGACAGAGAUUUCUUUUUUGGAACCCCCACCCCCCUAGACGCCCUAGUGUUCGGACACAUGAGAGCUCUGCUCUCUGCCAACGGACCCAAAGCUGCUUUGAUGAUCAAACCGAUCACAAGCUCGCUACUGCGCCAUGUUUUGAGGAUGAAGAAUCUGACAAAAAUGGAGCUAACGGCCCAAGAAGACUACCUGAUAACCCAAGCGAUUCAGUUGUCGCGCAACCGACUGUCCCCCACUCGGACUAUAUCUGAGAAGAGUACAAGAGUCAGACGAUCGAAAUUAUGCAUCAAGAAACCUAGCAAGGAGGCCAUGUCCAGGGAUGUCUUCGGUUUCAAGCCGUUCGCGUCCAAACAAAUAAUAAUUAUGACAUCAAAAGAAGGCGGGAUAACCUGCGAAUACGAUAUCAAAAACAUCGACCCUACCGACUCUCGUUACGACUUCAUAGUCGAAAUGAUCGAUGAUAUUCUCGAUAAGGUCGAUGAAGUGUCAUUCGUUGACACGUUCACCAUUUACAACGAGAAAUGCGAUUUCGAAGUAAUCGAUAGUCCAAAAGAUUCUGAUUCGAAUAUCACAGCGACUAUCGAUAAAAAGAACGUUUAUUUGCAUACGAUCUUGGAAGAUUGCGUCGAUACGAACUCGAUUGAGACUAAUUCUGUUGUGUCUAAUUCUGAAGACGUUAUACAGAUAAUAAAUGAUGGUGAUAGUGACGGGAUUGUCAAUGAGAAAAUGUUAUCCCCAGUUGUUGAAGUACAAAUUGCGGAUCCGCUUGAGAAUACUGAUUCCAGUGUGCAUAAGUCGGAGACGAAGGUGAAUGUUAGCAUGUGUAGCAGCAAAGAGCGACUUUCUGUUAAGUCUGACUCUAUCUCUACGCCUAAACGCUCAGCAUCUCAAUCUACUUUGAAGCUGCCAAGUGAUGAAGAGAUGAGCGUUCAGAGCCUCUUGAAGUAUCUGCGUAACAGGAAUACAUACGGUUUCUACCUCGACGCGGACAUCGACUGAUUAUGUGCCUUAUUGUUGUGUAUUUUCGGUUCCUUUUCCCUUGACGUGUUUCAAGAUUUUGAUUAUGUUGCCAAAUUGAAAAUAUGGUGAAAUUAAUAUUUAAAUAAAUAGUUUGGUCUCUUAUUUUUUGGUCAUCGAUCCAAGCGCUUUAGUCUGUUAUUUACUCUCUUUUAAAAUUAUUUAAAUAAAACCUUGAACGUCA